UGUAGCCAGAAAGCUCAAGUAUUCCCGUGUUCGUAAACAGAUUGGCGAUUUCUACUGGAUACUGAUGGCAACUUUUAAGUGGAUGUUUCUGUUACUGGUCGUAUGUCCUGUUCAUACCAUCACAUUAAACCAUGAUAAGGAAAUGGAUAUCAACUUGAAGGAGACGUCAGAAGAUGGAUUGGGGGAUUUUAUUCUAUCCCCGAAGAAACAGAAUUGGACGAGAUGUGGAGACAAUAUGUGCCAGUGUAAAGGAUACCAAGCACGAUGUGUAAAUCAUGGUCACCAACUGAAUUAUAUUCCCAGAUUUGAACAAAACAUAACAAAGCUUAAUUUUACUAGUAAUUAUCUACCAUAUAUAGACAAUGAAACUUUUACUAACGUUACCGAGUUUCAGUUGAUAUUUUUGGUUUUAAGGAAUAGCUCAAUACAUAACUGCACACGAAAUGCAUUUAAUGGUCUGAAAUCUUUACGAUCUUUAUUUAUAAGAAAUAAUACCAUUUCAAGUAUGGAAUUAAUGGAUUGUUUGUCUGGCAUAACAAAAGAUUUAAAAGAUCUGGAUUUAGAAUUUAUAGACUUAGAGAAGUCUUGGGAUCUAGAUUUAGACAGGAUUAUGACACAUUCAAAGAUCACCAAUUUACACUUACGGAAUAUUAAAAUAACACAUUAUAAUCAGAGUAAAUUGUCAACUUUAAAACAUCUGAAGGUAAUCCAAAUUUUCAAAUCUUCUAUGAAUACGGCUACUUUUGAUAAUUCGUCAACAUUAAAGACGUUAGAAUUUCCUCAUAACCAAUUUUUCGAAUUCCCAACAUUUUGUGUAAAUGGCUAUGCGUAUUUUCCACAUCUUACUUAUUUGGAUUUAGGCCAUAACAACAUAAAGUCUAUAAAGCCAGAACUGUUUACUUGUAUGAAAUUCCUUACACAGUUUUAUAUUGAUAAUAAUCAUAUACAUUUGAUAGAGAGUAACACGUUUUCAAACUUACCAAAGCUUUAUCUUGUAUCAAUUUCAUACAAUGGACCAGAUAUGGCUUUACAAGAAUUUGCUUUUAAUAGUUCAUCCCUGAAAAAACUCUAUCUAUAUGACAACGACAUGUAUUUUGUUAAUAAACUAAAGUACGUCAGUAAGGAUGCUUUCAAAAACUGCACACAUUUGGAAGCUUUAAUGUUAUCAUCGAACCACUUCGAGUUUACUACACAUCAAAUGUUCGAAGAAAUGUUCAGUACUCUGGCCAAUUUAAAAAAUCUGUCACUAGCCCACGGCGGAGUUCAGUUACUUCCACGUUUUAUUCCAAAAUAUCUUGAUAAAUUAGUGGAGUUAUUGCUUGGCCAUAAUAACAUUAUAUAUAUACCGGAGGGCUAUUUCAAUAAUCUCAAUUCUCUACAAAAAAUAGAAAUAUAUUCAAAUAAAAUCACCACAGUUAAACCAAAUACAUUUUCACUUCAAUUUCUUAAACAAGUGAAAGGCAUUGAUCUUUCUAACAAUCCGUUUUCUUGCUCCUGUGAAUUACUUUGGUUCAUCAAUUUUCUAAAAACAAGCCCCAUCAGAAAACGUUUUAUUCGUUUUCCAAAAGAAUACAUCUGUGGUUCUCCCACAGUUUACAGUGGGAAGCAACUCUUACAGGUCAGGCUUUCUGAACGCACAUGCGCAAUAACGUAUCAGGCCCGUUUAAUUAUUAUAUCUGUAUCGGCAGGAAUUCUUCUCUUACUUUUUACUAUUUCUGUUGUUUACCGUUAUCGAUGGUAUUUACGAUAUAUAUUAUACAUGGCACGAUUUCAACACGUUCGCUACCAAAGACUUUUAAAUGGUGGCGGGAAUUAUAAUUAUGAUGUAUAUCUUAGUUCUUGUGAUGCAGAUUUUGAUGACGUAAUAUAUGAUGUCCUUGUACCUAGAUUACAAGAGGAUAUGGGUCUGCGACUUUAUAUCCCUCAAAGAGAUGGGCAGGGAAAUAAAAUUGAUCAAAUAAUAUCCAAUAUGGAUGCCAGUCGUAAAGUCAUAUUAUUUAUAUCUGAUAAAUAUGUUGAAGACGGUUAUUGUGAAUUUGAAGCUAGUUUUGCCUAUGAUAAGUAUAUCAAUGAAAAGCGAGAUUUAAUGAUUGUAGUAGUGUUUAAGGAGCUUGGUGCCUUGAAUGUAACAAAAACCAUACAUAAAAUACUGGCUGUUGAUAAUUAUAUUAAAUGGGGCUGGGAUGAAGAAAGUGUGGAAUUAUUCUGGUUAAAGAUAACUACUGCUAUUAAUAAUAUGGAUGAUCUAAUGCCUUAAAAGUAAAGCCUCUGAUAGAAAACUUAUCAGAAUAUGGUCAGAUAUAAAAUUUAACUUAGUAUGUCCUUUACAGUAUACAGUAUUCCAUUGUGUGUGUGGUUUUUUUUUUUUUUUUGCUUUUUUGUUGGUUUUUUUUUUGUUUUUUUUUAAAUAGGAUUAUUUUCUAGCUAUGUUAUAUUUUGUAUGCUAAAGGGAUAUUCACUGUGUAUAUAGUUUCCCGAGGCAUCAUAAUUCAUUUAAUUAUGAAUGGGUUAAGAUUGUCGCUUUCUUUGCUUGCCAUUUACUAUAUUUUAUAACAUUAUCUUAAUAGACUAUCGUUAGCUGUAUAAAUUUUGUUUAUUCGUAAAACACUGAAUGAAUUAAAUGGGGGAUUAACAUCCUAUUGUUCUGCCCCAACCAGACUAUCGAAGAAGGGCAUACGCCAUGCAGUAUGCUCUAAAGGAAAUUCUGCCUGGACAGUUAUUGCAAUCCAAGUGCCAAAUUGUAAUUAAGUGCAAAUUGUAUUUAUGAUCAAAGUAUUAAUAAUUUGUUUUCGAUAUUUAAUGAUUUGGUUUGAUAUUUUUAUUUAAUAUAUACCUAUUAUUAAGAUUUGGUUUAAUUUUCAUUUUUACGCUAUAUCUAUUGUUAUCUUAAUUAAUUUCUAA